UCAAUAAUUUUUACGAAUAUAUAUUUUAUUCAAAUUUAUGUGAAAGAGCAAUAAACAUACAUGUAAAUUAACUCAAGUCAAUCGAUCACGUUUGAUCUUUUCUCCUCUCUUUCUUUUGGUGAAUUGUAAAGACUGUGUGUACAUUCUGUUGAUUGUUAUUGAAUAAAAAGAAGUGAAACGUAAGCCCUUAGUUAACGAUAAGAAACAUAAUAAUAAAUCGAAAAUAUAAAAGAGAUUCAACAGAUAUAUACAAUCAAAUAACAAGAAAACAUGGAUACAUCAGACGAUGAGAAAUGGGAAGACUUCUUUGGAAGUUCAACUGAUUUGACAUCCCCAGUGAUUGGAUAUUAUGACAGAUUAUCUGGAAGUUUCAACACAGACAAAUUAAUAGGUGAAGUGUGCAAUAGAAAUUCACCAGAAAGGACUUUAGAGGACAUUGCAAAUAAUAAUCACAGUAAUUUUCGUGAACAAUCGCCAAAGCCAAAAUUAAUUGUUUCAAAAAUUCCAACCAAGCCUUUAAAUCAAUCAAUUAGUAAAUCAACAAAUUCAUUGUCAAAAUUUCAUGUAAAUUCAUCAAUUCCAUCAGCAAAGACACUGCAAAUAUUAUCACCAAAUGUACAUCGAAUGAUAUCAUCGCAUCAAACAACGACAGAGACAAUUACGGCAAUUCCCACAGUGAAGUCAUAUUCAAAUAAGAAUGGAAGUAAUUUGCUAGUGAGUAAUAAGCGUUUAAGUGAUAAAACGAGCAUAAAUUUGCCUCCAGCCCGACGAAUAUUCCUUAAAACAAAUAAACCAACGGGAAUUGCGAUACCGUUGUCCAAGAACUUGUCAAAAAUAUCACAAUCAAUUGAAUCGAUAGCGGAACCGAUUGUCCAUACAAUCACAGACAAUAAAUGCAAAAAUGAUGAAAUUUAUAAGUCAUGUGAAUUAAUUAAUGACAGUGAAAAGACACCAACAAAUUGUGAUCAUAAUUUUAAUUAUGAUAAUAGUAACAUAUUAGCUAAUGACUAUGGUGAUGAUGAUGAUGACGAUAUACAAAAUGUUUUAAAUAAGACAUCGGAACUAAUAAAUAAUUUGUUAAGUGGCAAUAAUGAUAGUCAUUGCAAGUCAUUAGAUAUUCAUGAAAAUCAUAUUGAAAAUAAUAAUAAUAAAAAUAUUAAUAUAAUUAAUAACAUUAGUGAUAAACUAUCGUGCAUAAAUAAUGAAGUUAACAGCAAUAAUAACAAUAAAGUUGAAGAAAUUAAGAUGAAAAAUUCAAAAAAUAAUAAUUAUAAUAAAUAUCAGCAGCAAGUAAACUCCGAUACGGACGAUGAUGAUGGAGUUGCACGUGAUGCUAUUAAUAAAAUCAAUACGAAUUUAAAAUUCACAAAAUCACUCGAUAAUGUCACAGAGAUUGACACUAAACAUCCCACAUCCUCACCAAAACUUACUUAUUCCCGUGCGAAGCUUCUCUCACAUCAACAGCAACAGCAAAGUCAAGAUCAAUUGACACCAACACAUUCACCGAAAUUAAAUGAGAAGCUUCAGACGUUAGAACCUGGAAAUGAAAAUAAAGUCAAUCAAACAUCGCCAUCUACCAAACACCGUCCCUUGUCUGCUGCGUCCAUUAGCAGUUCAUCCUCUUCGACUAGUACUGCCUCGUCGUCAAAUUCGUACGGAAAUGAGCACAUUUCAGGUGGUGGUAAACUUGUUGGUGGAAUAACUUAUUUGGCCAGUAUUGAAAGUCUUGCUGAUCAUAGCGAAAAUGAAAUUCAUCCUAGUCUAACGAUGUGUGAACGUGCUGCAUUAGAAAUUAUUGAUUCUGAAAAGAGCUAUGUCGAGGAUAUUGGACAGAUCAUCAAAGGAUACCUUCAAGAUUGGAAAGAACGAGCAUGUCUAAAAGUAGACGAACUCGACAUUUUAUUCAGCAACAUACAAGAAAUUUAUGAAUUUAAUUCUAGUCUAUUAGAAAAAUUAAUCGAGUCAAAAAUUGAUCCUCACAAAAUAUCGAAAUGUUUUAUAGAGGCGCAUGAACGAUUUGAUGUGUACACAACUUAUUGCACAAGUUAUCCCGAUGCGAUAUCUCUUCUUACGACAUUGUUACAAGCAUCUCACACGAACUCAUUGUUAACAUCCACGCAAAAAAUGUUGAAGCAUACACUACCUUUGGGUUCUUAUUUAUUGAAACCUGUUCAAAGGAUUUUAAAAUAUCAUUUAUUAUUAGAUAACCUUAAGAAACACUGUGAUCUACCAGAAGUCAAAGAAGCUCACGAGAUGAUGAAAGAUGUAGCAAGAAAUAUUGACCAAGUCAAAAGGAAGUUGGAGCAAAAAAAUCGAGUUAAGGAAUUGUCAGGAAUUCUUGAUGGAUGGCUGGGACCAGAUUUGACUGUCUUAGGUGAAUUACGACAAGAGGGUCUACUCAUGGAACACAAUAAGCCACGUAUUGUGUUUUUAUUUGAAACGAUGCUUAUAAUUACAAAGCCAAAGGAGGAUAAGCGAUUGCAGUUUAAAACUUAUAUUCCUUGCAAAACAUUAAUGUUAGUUGAACAUCUUCCUGGUGAUCCGACCAGUUUCCAUGUUCUUCCAUUUUCCGACCCACGUAGCCAAAUUAAACUGACUGCCAAAAAUCGUGAUCAAAAGCGCUUAUGGGCACAGCAGAUAAAGCAAGCAAUGUUGGAGCACUUUGACAUACCGAAUCGAGCCAAAGAACUAGUUUUUAAGUUGGGCGAUGAAGAAGAUCGUCCAAGCGACAAGCAAACCUGGAAAUGGUCAAAUUCAUCGCCAACACCAGAAUAUCUAGAAAGAAGACAUCAAUAUCGUCGUAGUGAGGUUCGAUAUCGCUCAAAGAAAGUCAAGAACAAGAUGGUGAAGACAGCAUCAUUAGAGCGAGGACGUAUUAAGGAAAGACGGGAAUCAUUUAUUUCAUAUUCACGUGAUGAGUUAUUUGAUAAAGAUCACUUGAAGACAUGCAAUCAUCAAGAUAAUUGCAAUUGCGAAGUUGUCAAGAAAGAAUUAUCAGAAACAUUGAAAAAUAAAGGAAGAAGCAAGUCAGAGACGAGAAAUCCUGAACUAGAAUCAGUGGAAAUUAUUGAACAAAAGCCACCAGCUGCACCGUUAUCACCGCUGGAAAUUAAAAUGUAUAAUGCAAAAACUCUUCCGAAAAGAAUCGAGAAGAUUAAAAAGUCUCGUGAGAAGAAGGAAACUGCAAAGUUCUAUACAGACCUUGACAUUGACGACAGUUCACAGCCACACGAUCAACAAAAUGAUGAGACUGUACUUAAAAUUGUUGAACCAAUUGAGGAUCACAGUGUCAAGAAGUCAAGUUCUAUAGAAAAAGUUGAAGAAUCAGCACCAGAUUCUCCAAAAAAGAAAGAUUCAGACAUCAUUAAAUCAAUUCUUGUAUCAGAACUCGCUAAUCGUCGACUUCAAAAGUCUGGAAUGAGCAGAAGAACGUCAUUAGAGAAAAUUGAACAAAGUUCACCUUUAUCAAGUCGGAAACUUGCAGAAGCACUAGCUGCAAUAAAAAUAGACAGCAGUUCACCAAAAUUGAACGACAGUCAAGAAUUUAAGUCAAAACAGAGUUCACCAGUUGAAGAACCGCUGUAUGAAGAACUGCUUAGAAAUGUCCAUGUUCCUUAUAAGUUUGCACCUCCAUUGUUAAGAAGAUCUCAGUCAGUCUCAUCAGCUUCAUCGGUCAAGGAGAAUUUAAUGAUUGAAUGUAAAAGUCAUCAAUCCUCAUCUGUAGCUAUUGACAAUGACGAUAAUGAUGGUUCGGAAUGUGAUUAUGUCACUUUAAAGUAUAAUAAUGAUGAUCAGCUUGAGACAGUCGAUGGAGUUUAUGUCAAUAAAGAAGUAAGUGACAAAAGUAAUUCAGAUCAGUCAAUUGAUGAUAUUAAAGAUAAUAAGUCACUGACAAAGUCUGAAAAGUCAUUAGCAAAGUCUGAAAUAAGUCUUGGCAGAAUAGAACAUUUGCCAAAACAGAAGAGCUUCUUACAGAAAUUCAUGCCUUCAAAGAGUCACGAUGAAGAUGCAACCUCACAAAGAUCAAUGUCAAUAAGCAGUCGAAAGAGCUUGGAUAAUGGAUUAAACCUAAGCUGGAAGAACAUGCUUAAUAAGUCAUCCAACUCUGAUAUAUCCACUAAUUUCUCAACUCCUCCGAUUUAUCGUCAAGGAAGUGAAGAUUUGGGUAAUCGAAUAGCUAAUGUCGACUAUGCAGAUCCAAGGACUCUAUUCUCAUCAUCAAGCAAUAUAUUAAUUAAUAAAGGUUCCUUAAAUCAGAGAGACUCUGUCGUAUCCUCAUCAUCUGAUAGCAUCAUUGAUCCUCAAAAGUUACUACAAAUGCAACAAAGUUAUGAUCCCUUUUCGGAUUCGUAUUAUGAAGAUACAGCUGAGAGUCUCCUUGAAAAUGAUUUUAGAGACUCUGCAAUCUACAGUGAUGACUCUAAUGAGAAGAGGUCUGAAUCUACUCUGAGUCCUGAUAGUGAUCAUAUCUAUGCAACAGUCAAUAAGACUCCAACGAAACCAGCAAUUCCACCGAAAGUUCUCAAGAAGCCAAGCCUUUUAGCUUUAAAAGCAAACUUUGCAUCAUCGCCAUCCCUUCUACAUCCACCAGUUCCAGCAAGACCUUUAAACCUUAAAUCACCAGAAGUCCGUAAUGCAAUCUUUACUGUCCGUAAAAUAAAUCAAAAAUCUGCUUUGCCAUUGCCCACAUCGAGUCAGCCUGAGACAUCAACACCAAAUAAGAGCUGGGUGAGACAGCAGGCUGAAAAAUAUCAAGGAAGUUCUUAAAUUGUUUUGUUAAUUUCUCUGCCAUAAAUAAAUUAAUCGCAAAUAAAGUUAAUAAUUUUAUUAUUUUUUUGAAAAUUAGAAAAAGAAAA